AUGGUGAAAACGGCGACGUCAGUCGCUAAACGCGGUAAGGGACGACCUGGACAAAUGACGGACAACCUAUGUUCGAAAUGCCCCGAGAAGGGCCGCCAGCGUGUGACCAACAAACACGGGGCGCUGCUCUGCCACGCAUGUCUGACGGCGUAUUGGAAGGCCAGCGAGAACUACAACCGAAGAGGAACCUGUAAUGGGAAGAACUGCACGAAGCUAAAACCCUGCGCCAUCUGCUCAUUCAACAGCAAAUGGGCCCCGCUUGGUCUCCUUCCGCUUGACACCUCCAAAGAGACCUUCGAUAAAGAGGCU